AUGCUAUGUUUUUCUAUAUUUGUUGUGUUAAUUGUUACUUGUAUGGUUGCUAAUAAAUCAUCAGCUGUUAUUCAGUUGAACACAAACCCCAUAAUAAAACCAAGAAUUAAAUCAAAAUACGAGGAUAGGUUUUUUAACCUUUAUAACUUUAAUUAUUCUGGAGAGUGUUCAAAUACAUUUAAAUAUAAACCCAAUAAUAAAAGAGAUUUAUUGAUUUAUGGAGCAUAUUUUUCGGAUAAAAGAAGCUGGAUUGGCCAACGACAAAUGACACUACAAACACUUUCACUAAACCAAAAUGGAAUUCCAAAUGCUACAAAAAUUUUGAUGUUAUGUGGAGAACCUCCAGAACCUAACUUUAGUUCAUUAAUGAAUUCAAAAGGAGUAGAAGUUAUUCCAGUAAAAGUUGAUUCGUUAUACAAUGGAGCAGUUCUUAGAUAUGUUGUAAUACAAAAAUAUCUUGAAGAAAACAAAGAAAAAUAUGAUCGAGUGUUUAUUGCAGAUCUUAGAGAUGUGUUUUUCUUUGAAGAUGGAUUUGCUACCUUUUCAGAUAAACAAUUAUAUUUAAGUAAGGAGUGUUCUAGAACUAAUAAGGGCUAUAUAACUUGUGCUUCUCUAGACUUGGAGAUAACAAGAAAUUGGAUGAGAGAUAGUAUCAGUAAAGAAGUUGCAGAUUUAUAUGCAGCCAAUAAAACAAAAAUUAUAAAUUCAGGGACAAUUUUUGGUGGAGCUGAACUAUUGAUAUAUGGGGCUAUGAUCAAUCAUUGUUAA